UUUGGGAAAAUUUCUGCCUCAUAGAUCAGAUCAUUUCAUUUCAAGGCUGGCUUAAUGAAAUUCACAAGUAGGCCUACAUGGAAUGUUUUCUGCAGUAGAUUUUAAUUUUCUAAUUGUGUAUAGCGAUACAGUUUCAGAUUUAUUUUGGCCAGAUUGUGACUCUACUGUACAUUUUAACGGUCUGGUAUUCGUAUCUUUUUUAUUUUUUUAAAAUGUGACGUCUUCUUUGCUACAAACAUUGCAAACCUCAAUGAGACAGGUUAUGUCAUCUCAGUUUGACAUUAAUCAAUGAGGGCAUGACAGGACUAAACUUCUGUGAUAAGGAUUUAUACUUAUAAAUACCAGGAUGAACAAUUGCGACACUGAACAGCCAGGCCGUCGCCGGCUACGAGUUGCAGAACUUCACCCACACUUAAUGUGUAUAUUAUGUGGAGGGUACUAUGUGGAUGCAACUACAAUCAUUGAAUGCUUACACUCUUUUUGCAAAAGCUGUCUUGUGCGAUAUCUAGAAAGCAAUAAGUACUGUCCAAUAUGUGAAGUUCAAGUCCACAAAACUAAACCACUCCUCAAUAUUCGGCCUGAUGAAACAUUGCAGACAAUGGUUUACAAACUAGUUCCGGGUCUAUUUCACCGAGAAAUGAGGUACCGUCAGGAGUUUUAUGCUCAGCAUCCUGAAGCUCCAGACUCUAACCCUGAGGACAGAGGUAUUGUUGAUCCAAUUGAGUGUCAAUACUACUCACCUGAAGAGCCUGUCAGUUUGGCACUGGAAUUUAAGACAGACAGUAUUAACAACAAUGGUGUCUACAAGCGCUACCUUCGAUGUCCUGCGGCUGUUACUGUUUCACACCUUCAAAAAUUGGUUCGGAAUAAGUAUGGUCUUUCUUCAAUGCAUCAUGUAGAUGUUUUGUUUGACGACAAGCUUCUGACCCCGGAUUAUAGUAUAAUGGAUGUUGCCUACACAUUCCAAAGGAAAAGAAAAGAACAGUUCAACUUUACAUACCGUAUUUUGGAAAAUCAAUUCAAAAGGAGAAAACUAGAGGAGUCUAAUGCAGUUGUAGAUGCUGGAGAGCCAAUGGAUGUUGAUCCACCUCCUCCCUCUCUCCCUAAAUCAGGUACAAUCCAACCAAUGCAACAAGCGAAAACUGUGGGUGCCUCGCAGACAGAUAAUAAAUCUAAACUUGAUUCCAUAAUAUCUAAAAUAUCUGCAAAAAAAUCAGGUGUUGCUAAGAAAGAGAGAACUGGUGACGAGUGGAAGGAAGUGCAGUUGCAAAUUAGUGAAAGUGGUGUGAUGAGUGUCACAGACAUUAGUUCAAUCAACAAACUUAUCAACAGUAUUGAGAAAAAUGUUGGUCCAUCAGAUCGCAGUGAGACCAAAGCCAUUGGCAAUAAAAAAGAGCCUUCACCUGAGAAAAUACCUUCUGUGAAGAACAAAUUGUCAUCUGGGUCUGCAGUUUCUCAAGAUGACAAAAAUGCCCCUUCCACAAAUAUUGUUCAAUCAAAAGAGUCCAAGGAUAUUGAGGUAUCAGUGAAAACUGAUGUUCGUCAAUUGAACUCAAAUGAGCCAGUUAAAUCAGAAAUAAAAGGAGAACCUCCAGCACCCAAGCCUUCAAUGAAUAUAAAGGAAGAUGGAGUAAAGAAGCCUAAACCUGAUGUGACAGAGACCAAAAUUAUGCAAAAUCCAGUAUCAGCUAAAGUAUCUACAACCUCUUUGAAAACUCAGCCAAACAUUCCAUUGCCAAAAGUUCCAAUAACUUCAAGUGCAACACAAAGUACCCAAUCAUCCGUGUUAUCAAGUUCAACCUCAAGCAGCAUGUCAUCUAUAUCCUCAAGUUUGUCACAAAAUAGUUCAAAAUUGAGUAUUGUUCCUGUAAGUGCUCCACCACCUACAGCACUAAAAAUGUGUACUGUCACACUUGGUUCAAGCCAAGUUACCCUGUCACUUUCACCAUCUCCGUCAUUGAGCUCCAAUUCCAACAUGGUUCCCACUAGUGGGCCUGUCUCAAAGCCUACCAGUUCAGCUUUGACAACAACAACAGUUACAAGAGCGUCACCAGUACCUGUGCCCAAACCAGCUCCAGCUGCUUCAAGUUCAAAAAAAUCAAGCUCAUCGCCUGUAGGUUACAAAACCUUGAAGUGUGGGCCGAAGAAUUGGAACCCCACAAUAUCAAGAAACAGCUUCUUAUCUUCGAAGGUUGAGCAGCAGGCUCCCCAACAGGGUAGUAGCACCAGUGCAGGAAACUCAGCAUCUAGCUCAUCAAAACCUGCUGCAGCACCUCGUUUCUUCAAAAUGAGAAAUACACCACGCUACUUAGGGAAUCCUGCAUCAGGUGUGAAGGCUAUGUACCAAAUACCAGACAGCAAACCUGAAACUCCUGCACCUGCUAAGUCACCCUCUGUUAUGAAACUAGACCCCAGAACUCUCUCCCCCAUUGUAUCUAAUUCAUCUUCACCUACUUCUAAAUCAUCUCCUGUUCAACCAAAAGCUAGACCUCCAUUUCCAUCGACUACUCUCUCUGCUCAAGUUAGUAAUAGUCAUAUGCCUUCAUCUCGGAGUGUAACAACAACAACUACAACUUCAAGCUCGGCCUCGAAACUUGCAGACCUAUCAAGCCUUCGCAGUUCUCCCACUCAGGCACUGGUGAACCCUUUUUUGUCAAACUCUUUCAUGCCAAAAAAUCUACCGAACUUUUUCCUUAAUAUGACACCUGGUCUACUCCCAAGUGCAGCACAGUUUGGUAUGAUGCGCCCAGGCUUAGGGUAUCCUCCAGCCUCAGUGAGUGGAUUCCACCCAUCAUUACCUCAGACUGCUGGAAUGCUUUUCAACCCUCAUCAAUUACACCGCCAACUUAGUGCCUCUUCACCUGGCAGUCCUACGGGAUACCCAUCAUCACUACCUCCAUCUCCAUCAAUGUCACUUUCUCCAUCUUCCUCUUCUACAUGUUCAUCAUCAUCAUCAUCUAAACACUAUUCUGCUGGUCAGAGAAUUCCAAUGAGCAAUGACAAGUUAUCAAGUGCUUCUAGUUCGCAGUCUUCUCCAAGCCGUACUAAUCGAACUAGUUCCUCUGGGUGUGAUGUAUCUGUGUCUAAUUCUAAAGGACUAGGGACUGAAAAAGUUAAUGGUUCAGAGUCACUUAAGAUUACAGUGGAGAACACUGCUAAAGCAAAUACUUCCAAAAAACAUGAUGAAAAGGCAGAUGCAAAGUCCAAAGGACUCUCAAAUUCAGUGUCAAAAGAUACAAAACCACCAACAUCCAGUGCAAGUGAUAAUAAUAAUACCCUUUCAAUAUCUAAAUCGAAAACAACUUCAGAGAAACCUGAAGCUGGCAAACUUCCUCAUGAUAUUUCAAAUUUGCUUCCCAAAGAAGCAGGAAAAUGUGGAAAUGAAGAGCUGGCUUCUAGAUCAAAAACUCCGAGCAGCACAUCAUUUCAGGCUCAGCAGUUAUAAUGUCUUGCUAGGUUGUUGAUCUUGAUGCUCUUUUGAGAGCAAUUUAUGUUUUAAGUUUUGCAAUAUGGGCUGUGCCCUGUGUACAAAGUUUUAAGUGCACUUUACUUGUUUGUUAGAGGAACAUAUUAUUUUGCACGUGUGCACAAGUUUGUUUUACAGUACAAAGGUGUGUAUGUUUAUUAAUACUGUGCUGGUGGAGGAUGACUACACCCACAUUUUAACUUAUCAUCACAAAAAUAGCAUAUUGUAUAAAUCUGUGAAGCAAUAAUACAAAUUGUAUACUUUCACUUUUGUGGGGGUUUUGUACAUACUGUAUUUUAAUUGUUAUUGUUGGAUGUGAUUCCCCUUUCCUUGGGAAUAUGAAUGAGUUUGAAUUAAUGGAAGUGCUCAAAAAAUUUGCAAUGAGUCUUUUUUUUUUUUUUAAGAAAAAAAAAAAAAGAAUCUAAUGACAUGUCUGGUAAAGUCACCCUGUUGGUGAUUGUGUGAUUUAAUAUUCUAUUCUCUAUACCGGUAUUUUGAAGUGUAAGUUGUAGUGUUUUAAAGAUGCUGUUAUUUUUUGUAAGUAUCAAUAUGUAUCUAUAUUUAUAAUAUUGAAUAGUUGCCUGAAAUUUGGCAAGAUUAUAAUUUUCUUUUUUAAUUUUAAGGGAUGUAUAUAACAUGGGGUUUCUUUCAUCAUCACACUUUUGGUACCCUAUUUAUCUCUUUCCCUCUACAUGUGAUAUUUGUGCACUGUUAAGACAACCCAUAACAGAUCCACAGUUUAAGUCUAGUUUAAAUCACAUAGUUAUUAAUUUUGGAUCACCUCGUUUCUUCCCUGUUCUAUGUUUUGGAAAUCUGUGCUGUUUAAUCUCUUGAGACAGACUGCUCAGCCAGCUGCCUACUUUUACGUGAAGAAACUCUAAACCCACCUAAUUUUUAUUUUCAAUGAAAUUUCUUUUCAUCCAAAGAAACCAAGUGGCUAACAAUCUCACUCAGUGCCUUCAAGGAUUUAUACCCUUUUUUACAUCCUCUUUGAUAAAUGUGCCCGUAAUGUUGGUCUUCCUUCUGCUGUAAAUUGUAAUCAUACUCACCACAGAAAUAAGGCCCAUCUCUAACCUAUCCAUACUAACUGCCUUUUGAUUUGUGAUUCAUGUAAUACUGUCUUCAUCUAACAUAGACUACAGUAAUAUUUAAGGGUCCACAUAAAUUGACUUAAUUACAAUUUUCUACAAUAUAUCUUCCACCCUGUUUUGAGGUAAAUAUUUUAUUUACCUACUUGUAAUUUUUUAUUCAUGGCAAUGUGUCCACUUACAGAUAAUGUGAACUGUUAAUAUUUUUCAAAAAUAUUUUUGUAAUACUAGCUCUAAUAAUGUUGACGAACAUUAGUCAAUUGUUUUACAUGUUAGCGCAGGGUAUUGCUUGUAUUUCUUUCUUUUAAUACCAGUACAGACUUUCUAUUGUGCCUUUGAGAGGUUGCCUCUAUCAAACUAUUAUAAUCUAUUUGUUUUCAUUGUUGACUAGUUUGAAGAAUGUGCCUGAAAAGGCAUUCUCGAGACAAUUAAGAAGUAGCAUAUGGAGUGGAUCUGAAACCAUAUUGGUGUUUUUUCUAUAUUAUCAUUGUUUUUGUGAAUCUCCUUACUGCUGGAUUCUUAUUUCAAUUAGCAGAAGAAAUUCUGUGCUUAACAUGAAAUUUUCUCACUUUAAAUUGACACAACUUCAAUUUGUUUUUUUUUAAUAUUCUUGAAGUUUAUUUUUAAAAUUCUAUGGUUUACAGGGUUUUUUUGUACUGUCUGUAUAAAAAUCAUGCUUUUUAUCUUUGUGUGAGAAAGUUUCAUUUUCUUACUGAGCUUGUCAAAUUGAAUGAAUGUGAAUUUUCAAUAUUGUAAACAAGCGUUUUUUUUUCCGUGCAGAUUCUCUGCAAAGUUUGUUUCGUUCAGAGACUGGACUGUUUUUCAGUACUUGGAUACUUGUUGAUGUAUGUGUACUUUUACUUGGCACUAGUAUUUUAUUGUUGUGCUCACUCUCCAAAGUUGAUUGAUAUUUCACAUCAGUUGAGUAUGUUUGUCAACUUUCUGUCUACUGCUUAAUUUUUUCUUUUUCACUGCUGCAUGGGCGUUUCUAGUCUAGUCUUUUCAUUAAUUGUACAUUUGAAAGGCACUGUCUUCAGCUUACUAUGCAUUACAAUGAAUGUUAAUUCUCUUCAAGUUUUACUUACACGUUGAAGUUCAAUGUCUUAUGUAUAUUUUGUAAAUGUGUGCCAACUUCCUUUAGAUUUCUAUGCAUAUAUUAUGUAUUUUUAUGUUCAGUUGGAAGCUUGUUUUCAUUAAACAUCUGCAUUGCAGAAAACAUCA